UUUCCCUCUCAUCUCCCUCUCCCUCUCCCACCUCUUGCUUUCUCGCGCUCGCGUUCGUGUCGGCUCGCACGCGAGAUCGGGGGAGGGAGGCGGUGGACUGGUGGUUGGUGCCCGGUCGGCGGCGAGGCUCGGGGCCUAGGGUGGGCUCGGAUCCGCGGCCCAUCCCAUGGGAUCCGAAGGCUUCGUGGCCGCGGCGGCCGCUUGCCCGGCCGCCGCCGAGGCCUUCGCCAAGUACUACGGUAUUGUGUCAGGAGGUACAAAUGCGAAGGCAAGGCAAGGAUUGGUUGAGCUUUCACAAGCUAUAGAUGGAAUUGAAGGAAUGAGAGAUGCGAUAUUUGCAGAUAUCCCAAAUCUGAUGCCAUUUAUUGAUUUGGAGGAUACAUGCCUAUUCAGUUGCUUCUACGACUUUGUCUUCUUCAUCUGUCGUGAAAAGGGGCAAAAGAGUGUCACCAUUCAGAGAGCUGUAACAGCUUGGAAGAUUGUUCUAAAUGGAAGGUUCCGGUUGCUUGAUCGAUGGUGUAAUUUUGUUGAGAAGUACCAACGUCACAACAUAUCUGAGGAUACCUGGCAGCAGCUGCUAGCUUUCAGCAGGUGUGUAAAUGAAGACCUGGAAGGUUAUGACCCGCGAGGUGCUUGGCCUGUUAUGAUUGAUGAUUUUGUGGAGCAAAUGCACAGAAUUUAUCACUCCACCGACUGCAGCAGUGCUAUGGAAUCACAAUGUACCAUUUCCAGUACAUUUAAAGGACUGGAUCUUCUACCUGGAUCAAAGAGGAAAUGUCCUCUUCACUUUAGGUCCAAUGAGGAGGAUGCAGAGCUUUCAGAUAGUUUUACACGCUCUGUCCAUCUUACACCAAUAAAGCGACUCAAGGAAAGUCAUGGCACUAGUUAUGGAGUGGGGGAAUCCCACAAAGAGGUGAUAUUAUUCUUCUGAGCUUGAAUGAUGCUGUUGUGUCACUCGUGAUGAAGUACCAUGAUGGUGGACUGCAAAUUCUCUUUCUUGAUUAAUGCAAAAGAAACAAGGAAGCUGCACUCUUUAGGAAUCUUAAAGAUGUGUACCGUUGAAACUGAAGAAGGCGAAUGUAGCUGAUCCUGCUUCUUGUUCAACUUUGAAGUGGUAAUCGAAAAACAUCUUCUGUACCCUUGUCAACAGGCUUGCGGUGUCAUUCACUGCAAAAUUCUGUCAAUUAAGAAUUGGACCGAUCAGAGUGAAUAAAAUAUUAUAUUGCUUCAGAAGUUUAUACACCAGCAGUUUUCUUCCUUAUGUUAGAUUAUCAUUGAACAAUUUCUACGCCUUCAUGACCCAUUGGAGCAUAUGGGAGAUAUAUUUUAAUGUCAUGAAUGUGCAAGGAGAUAUUGUUUUCCAA